CGGAGGUGUCACGGAAUCGUGGAAGCCCGUGCGAUAAAAGGCAAAUGGCCGCCGUCGCGUACGAGUGCGGGUUUACGCGUAUGACGUUUUUUCCGCGGAUCAGUUGUUGACGGUCACGGCACGGAAUAGACGUGUCGCCGCGGCGUGUCGAUCAUUGGUGUCGUGGAACAGAGAGAUAGUAGCGUGAUGUGAACGGGCAAAGGGGUUAAGGCGGAAGGCUCGAACGGUUGUUUCCGUGGCCGGCGAUGGACGGUGAGAAGGCCAGUGCGGUGAUGAAAUCGGUGUCGGAGGGUGAGCUGGGCGUGGAAGAGGUUAACUUGUCCGAGUCGCGAACACGGGAUUCCGCGUCCCGUUUGAAGCGUACGUUCACGUUGCCUAGGAAUCCGUUUCAAGGCGGUAGGAUGUCACGGCGACGUCCGAAGCCGAAUCGUGACUCGAAAGACAACGGCAGCGGGACGAGCGGUAACAAGGAGAGAAACAAUAUGCAGCAGCAACUAGAAAGCAUGCAGCAAAAUAUAGGCCGAUUGCACGGAAGCGGGCAAAGCUAUACGGAGAGACCCGGCGUGAAGAAAGUGUUCCGCAGGCCAUCCUGGAGGAAGUUCAUCAACAAAAUGGUACAGCACAUGUCGAACGUGGGCGCGCAGAACCACAAAACGUCCCACAGGGACGAACUCGGGUCCAGCGCCGGGGACAUAAGGGUCCCUCCGCCAAGGCCCGCGCAUAUACCGCCAGACCGUGUGCCAGGGGUCAUAGGUUUACGCAAUCACGGUAACACGUGCUUCAUGAACGCUGUGCUGCAGUGUCUAUCCCAUACGGACAUACUCGCAGAGUAUUUCGUCCUGGACCAAUACAAGGUCGAUCUGUCCAGACGGAACAAGCUGAACUCGAAGAAGUACGGCACGAAAGGCGAGAUCACGGAACAGCUAGCCCUUCUUUUAAAGGCUAUCUGGAGCUGCCAAUACGAUCCCGAGAUGAUGCACGAGGACCUGAAUCAGGCUACCAAAAAGAAAUACAAAAUUAUCAAGAAUUCGUUUGGACGGCCGGACGAUAUCGUCGCAGCGGAAACGCUGGCGAAUCAUGUCCGCUGCAACAACUCGUUCGUGCACGCUGUGUUCCAAGCGCAAUUUCGGUCUAGUCUGACGUGUCCAAGAUGUCACCGACAGUCGAACACGUUCGAUCCUUUUCUAUGCGUGUCGGUACCAGUGCCCCAGAACCACCGACAAAUGAACCUCUUCGUGAACGUAUUGUACACGUCGCAGCAGCCACGUCAAGUCAAGAUUGGCGUGAGUGUGAACCAGGCUGCAAAUGUAAGAGAACUACGGGAAAUCUUAGCGAGUGAUACCGGGAUUGACGAAAAUCAUAUGCUACUCACGGAAAUCCACGACGAAGGAUUUCACAGAACAUUCUCAGAUUGCCAACCUCUAUCUGUGAUCACUGAAAAUGAUCCACUCUACUGCAUAGAACUGCCACAAUUGAAAGAACCCACGGAGCAGGCUUAUAUUCUGCUGGUAUGGAUCAAUGUCCUUGCUAAAGGAGACCUGAAGCAACGUUUUGGCAGUCCGUACACAAUGCAGGUCUCCAGAGAGACGUCGUAUGAAGACCUACAGAAACUUCUACUGAAGGAAAUGCAUACUGUUCUAUCCGAUGACGUUCUUACAUCCAGCCAAAGUCCUGGAUUGUUCAACAUUCGAGUAGCGGAUCCAGCAGCUACCCCAAUUCAGGAUGAGCAUCCUUGCAUAGACCCCUGUGUAGAGCAUCCUCUUUACACGGAACAAAUCGAACAAGCAUUGGCUCUCUGUGCUGAUGAUUCUGGUCCACAGCAUGUCAAACUGAUCUUAGAAUGGGACGAAGCCACAAAAUGCAAUAUCAUUCAGGAUGACAGCGAUCAAAUCGAAGAACACGCCAGUGUGAAGCAGUUGAAGACCAAUUCGGAGUUGGGAGGAGCUGUUACUCUUGAAGAAUGCUUCGAUCUUUAUACGAAAGACGAAGUUCUGGGAGCUGAAGACGCGUGGCAUUGUCCAUACUGCAACAAGAAGCAAGAGGUUGUCAAGAAGUUGGGUCUCUGGUCCCUACCCGACAUCUUAGUCAUACACCUGAAGAGAUUUCGUCAACAGUCCAAACAAAGGUCAACCUCGAAAUUGACGAUGUUGGUCGAUUUCCCGCUGUACGGUUUCGAUAUGACUCCUCACUUAGCCCACAAUGGUGUUCAGACUCACAAUAACGUGACCAGCUUGGGUGGCUUAGGCUGGUCACCUUGGAAGAAGCCUAGACCCCGUCAGCAAAAUAUACCCAAGUACGAUGAAAAUGUUUAUGACCUUUACGCGAUCUGCAAUCACCAUGGACAAGAUCUGCAAGGUGGCCAUUACACAGCGUUCUGUCGGAAUCCUUACGACACUCAGUGGUACUGUUUCGACGAUACCCGAGUGGAAGCGGUGAACGACACGAAUCUGAUAACUAACGCCGCCUAUAUGUUGUUCUACCAACGAAGAGGACUGACCAAUAAUUCGGGAACCUCUUCAACGGCCUCCACUAGCUCGACUGGAUCUGGGCUCGACCAUUGGGUCUCGAAAAUGCCGCCGUUCUAUUUCAACAAUAAGACCAACAGUAAUGUGACGAACAAUAACCAAAGUAAGUCGCAAGAGGUACUGUGUCAGGAGAAGAUCGUAGAGGAGAAGAACAUGACGAAUUUUAACCGAGGCUGUCGCAACUAUGCCACUUUGCAACCGAAGAAGAGGAAUGUUGCGACCGAGACAGAUAUUGGACAGAUGGAUCAUUAUUCCGAUGAUGAGGCACCAUGCAGAAGGGAAUGGGCGUCACCGAAACCCGUCCGAAAGAUGUCGUCCAUCACGUUAACACCCCAUGUACCACAACCCACGAUAAUUCACAGUAGCAGCGAUCCGGACACAACGAUAAUACAUGAGUCAACGUUGUAACACACAAUUUAAGCCAGAUUCGAUCUGGCUCGAGCCGACGCUCAAUAUAUAGUGCCUGGGAAUGCGGUGUUUUAAACUUUCCCCGAAAAACGCUAGAGAACCAGAGUACGGACAAUUAUUCGCGAAGCUUGAAUACAUUAAUUUCUUAUAUCGAGAGAAGAAGUCUAGGUUAGG